AUGAUCACCAUUGAGACAGAACUGAUCAACAGUACCAUUGACGCCCUCAAGGAACUCAUUUCUCGGCCCCCUCUCACUGAGAAAUUGCUGUCUCGGCCUCCUUUCAAAUACAUUCUUGACAUCUGCAAAGCGGUAUCUGCAGCCACUGGCUUCCCAUCUCCAGAAUCUUGCAACUACGAUGACAUAACAGAUAGGGAGGAGCGCACUGCCUUUUUAACUUCUAUAAUUGGCCAGAUCACUGAUCAACUAGGCGUCCCCGUUGACGUUCAAAUUAAGUCUAUCUUGGCCGGCAAAGACGUUCCGAAGACACUCCGGAUGUUGGUUAUGUUGGCACAGGCAGCAAAGUUGUUCAAAGUAAGAUCUAAUUCCUCCCAACCUCCACCACAGCAAGCUCCCAGAGAGACGGUUGCCUCUCCCCCGCAAGAAGAUUUGGAAGCUCUUGCACGCGAGAAGGCUGAGAAGGAGCGCCAAAGAAGAGAACAAGAGCAGCAGGAACGUGAACGAAAAGAGCGAGAGCGUCAGGAAAAGGAACGUGAAGAAAGAGAAAAACAUGAGUUAGAAUCACGUGAACGGGCGGAAGCAGAGCAGUGGAAGCAGAAGCAGCAGCAGCAGCAACAACAACAGCAAUCUGCUAUCUCUCCUCAGAAGAGCCCUCCUAAGGUGCGCUUUGCUGACGAUGACAAGACUAGAGUAGAAGAACACCAGCCCGUCAUUGAGCGUCCGCAUUUUAAUAGGCCUCCUCCCUCUCAGCACUCUCGUCGCAUGGCAGUAACAGCAACUUCGGAGCCGAGCGCACCCCAGCCCUCUGCCAUGCGUCUGGUCAAAGUCGUCAGAGAAGAAAGUUCCGACGAAAGCAAUCAAGACCUCAAUCAAAACGCGGGCCAGGACGGCGGGUUUACAAUGGGGCUUGACGCUGAAUGGUGCGAUGAAAUGCUACCUGGUGAGUUUCCUUUGGAUACUGGGGCGCCGGCACCCUCCAGCACUCAUGGAGAGCUAGUGGCAAACAUACUUGAUACUGCAGAAGCAUAUAAUGUGGCCCUGCACGGAGAUGGUUCGAAAAAGCCCACGGGCUUGUCUACACAAAGAGACAAGAAACCCAUUGACUCUUAUAGCCAACCCGUUCAGAAGCUCAUCUCUCAUAUUUCAGCGAUCAUUAGAAAGUCUGUUCCUUACGCUAAGCACACUGCAUUCCUUGACGAACAUAUAUUGACUAUGCGGACAGAACUUCAUACUGCCUCGGAAGCAGUUACAAAGUUGCUAUCCACCAGUUUGAAACAAGAAAGCUCUCUCAAGCAAGCCAAUAAUGCUUGCGAGUCGAAGCUACACAGCCUUAAGGAGCAAAUAUAUAGUCUUCGGCAAGCGCAGCUGGAGCUCCUCCAUAGCACACUUGCGCUCUAG